CCUUUUUAUACGACACACCUCGCAACAACCUGGGAAGUCGCACAAUCAUAUUAACAUCAGAAAUGACUUCCACAAAGCAAUAUGAACAAGGCAUCGAAGAAGCUCUUACCCGGAAUGAUAAGGCACAGUUAGAAUCACAUCUAACAAGACAACAUUCGCUGUCAAGUGACAUACUCCUAUGGGCAUUUGAGAAUAACAUUCAGCUUGAUACAGAAAUAGUACAACUCUUAAUAGAAAAUGGCGCAAAUAUCAAUGCAUGUGAUCAAUAUGGAUGGACAGUAUUAAUGGGAGCAGCCUCGAUGAACCAGAGUGCCAUGUGCCUGACUCUCAUAGAACUUGGUGCUGACGUUAACGCCCGCGUCAGUUACGGACAGACAGCGUUGGUUAUAGCUGCACAGCGAAAUCAUCUUGAUUGUUGCUGUGUGUUAAUAGAGCAUGGCGCUGAUGUGAACGCUACCGACCAAAGCGGCAAGUCUGCAUUGAUGUUUGCUGUUGAAAAAGGAUAG